AUGCUGCAGAAUCACCGCAACCAAAUAUCUCGGAGAGAAGCUCCCCAACGUAUACGUGUUGGUCGAAGAACACAAGUCGCCUGCAUCAACUGUAAGGAGAGGAAACUCAAGUGUGACGACCGUGUCCUAGCCUGUUCAAAUUGUUGUCGUAAUGGUAUCCCCUGCGUUGUGGAGGAUCCGGUAACGAAGAAACACCAACCGCGGAACUACCUGGAAACCCUGGAACAACGAGUCAUCUUUCUCGAGGGACUCUUGCAGCGGACUCAGCCGGAUGGGGAUACCUCUGUUGCUUCGACCCUGACCCCCGCCGUCGAAGACGGGGAUGGCAGUGAACUGUCGAUCUCCAAUCCCCCGCAAGCGGCGGAUGACGUGGACGAUUUGGCUUCAAAGGUGGGCAUGUUGGGCCUCAACGCAUUUGGGUCAGAUCCGCAUUACCUGGGCUCGUCAUCAACGUUUGCCUUCUCCCGCCUGGUCAGCUCGUAUCUCCGCCAGACGAUUCCUCCGGGGCCGGCCAUUGGGCUGGGUCUUUCCGAGGAGCAUGCACCAUCACCAUCACCGUGUCUUUUACCGGAUUAUGACACAGGGAUGAAGCUCAGCAAUGCCUACUUCCAGAACAUCCACCCACAGUAUUCAUUCUUACACGAACCGACCUUCAGAUCCUGGGAAGCGAAGCUACUCUGGCCGCUGGGAGCCCUAGAUUCAUUCAGCUUGGAACCAAUUCCCUCCUUCUUUUUGUACAUCGUAUAUGCCGUCGGUGCACUCCUUUUGCCUGACUGUGCAUCUUUAUCUCAGCAACUAUACCUCUCGGCACAGAUAUAUGUUGACCACGUGCUAUCACUCGAGAGCCUGGAGUCAAUACAGGCAAUACUAUGCUAUGCAAUGUAUUCUCUUCGAUCUCUGACCGGCCCGUCAAUCUGGAAACUUUCGGGAAUGGCACUACGUCAGUGUAUCGAGCUUGGCUACCACCGCAGUGUUAAGCGAUUCAGCACAAAGGCAAAAGCAGAUCCUCUCCAGCUCGAGCUGCGAAAGAGGGUAUUUUGGUGUACCUACGGGCUAGACUGCGCGGCUGCCAUCCAUCUAGGGCGUCCUUUGGGCCUAGCUCUGCAUGACGUUGAUGCUGAACUCCCGCUGGAUAUAAACGAUUCCUCCCUUUCCGAAGAUAGCAUGUCUGGGCCACUAGGAUCACUACACACUUCUUCUAGUGAUCCAGCGACAAGCAUGUCUAAUGCAAUCCAUGUCAUCCGCCUCCGAUGCCUGUGGGCUCGCAUACACACCUCUCUCUACUCAGACACGGCCUCUUGCAACCCGGACCACCACAACUACAGUAUCCGCGUUGACCGACUCCGUGUCGAGCUAGAUGACUGGCUGGCUUCGGCGCCACCCAUACGGCCUCGUCAAGGGGUAGCCCUCUCCAUCUUUGCGACCAGAGACUGGGUCGAACUCAACUAUAACUACUGCAUUCUACUCAUCUACCGGGGCCAACUGAUCAAGUAUAAAGGCGUUGCGAAUGCGGUGCUCAUGGAGUGCCUGCGGGCCGCGAAGGGCAUUUGCCACGGCUACCGGCACUUGUACAUAGGCAAGCCGGUGAACUUUACCUGGGGUGCGCUCCACUGUCUGUUCACGGCCGGCCUGACGUAUCUGCACUGCAUCUGGACAAUGCUACCCGCUGUCCGCGUUACGGUUCGAUACGAUGAAAUAAGCAACACGUGUACGGACUGCACAAUGGUCUUGGUCGUCAUGGCUGAACGCUGGAAGGAUGUGGCGCCGUACCGGGACAUGUUCGAAGCGCUAGCCAGCCGUACGAUGGCCAUGGUGGUGGGAAAUAGCCACGAGCAGUGGACAUUGCCGGUCCCCUCCACCCCCACUCUCGCCCUAGACCCUGACGACUUGGCCAGGUGGACGGCUGCCAUUGCGGAUUCCGGCAUGUCGGAUGGCAUUGAUGAGCUUCUCAGUGGUCUAAUGGGAUGCGAAACAUCCCCGGAAGAGACAAGUAUAUGA